UCUUGCAUGUUGAGAAAAAGUUGAGAUCUGUGGAUCUUGAAAAAUUUUGAGCUUUCAAAAGAGAAAGUUUCCUUUAAUUUUCUUACUCUAUUUGUUCUGUGACUUUGGUUGGUGCUGCUUGUCUCUAUGGGGUCUACAAGAAAACGAAUUAGCUUUGAAGAAGAAACAGAAUGUACAGAAAGAAGAAGGAGUAGCAGAAUUGUUGCUUUGGAAGAGAAGAAGCUGCAGGAAAGAGAGAAGAAGCUAGCACAAGCGUUGGAAAAGAAGAACAAUGACAUCAGAAACAAAGGAAAAGGCAAGGCAAAAAUGGAGGUAUGUGAUAACAAUGAGGAAGAGGAGGGUCCAACAAAGAAGAGACGUAAGAGCAAAGAACUUUAUCAAUUGAUCUCUUUAAUUAAGUCAAUACAGGAAUUAGGAAGACAUGAAUCAGGUGCUUCAGAAACAAAUGACUCAUCUCUGAAUGGGAUGCCACUAAAGAAGAUCCUUGAAAUUAUCGUUGAUUUUCUACAAAGGAAAGACCCGCAAGAGCUAUUUGCUGAACCAGUUAAUCCUGAUGUGGUGGAACAUUACUAUGACAUUAUCAAGCAGCCAAUGGAUUUCGGUACCAUGAGGGCCAAACUUCAUGAGGGCAUGUACACAGACCUUGAACAGUUCAAGUGUGAUAUCUUUCUUAUAUGCUCCAAUGCAAAGAAUAUUUAUCCCGAAACCUCAAAAUAUCACGAAGUGGCUGAAGAUAUUAGUGGGAAUGCUAAAUGGAUUUUUGAGGCUCUAAGUGCUGACCCUGAACAUAUUGAAUUGGAAUUUGCCCUCAACAAGAAACGCUCAGGUGGAAAGCCACAAAAUGAGCAGCAGAGAACCUCCCGGAGGGUUCCUUCUAAACCUGCUGGGAGAAAAAAUUCAAGUUCUGUUAUGGUACCUGAAACAGCAAAGAGGGACACGUACUGGCCUCCAAGUAUGCCACUGGUUUCAAAAGUCCUACAUGCUGGCAAGCCUAUCGUUCAAUUGAACAAAAAUUCAAUGCCAUACAAAGAAAGUCUACUGCGGUUUGUGGAGGAUUUGGGGCCAACGGUUAAAAGGAUUGCGGCCAAAAAACUAGAAGCACUUGAGGAUCAGCAACUUAGCAAUAGUGAUACUCCAACCCAGAACCUCCUUGAAAAUGUUUCGGGAACUCAGAUUAUCCACCAGCUAACUCCACAAACACCACCACAAGACGACACUUUCAAUGCUCAGACACUUGCUCUUGCCCUUCCCUUUCUCAAUAGGCCACUCACUAUUCCUGAUUCUGCAGUUCAAAAAAACAGAAUGGUCAACACCACUAAUGCUGGCAGUGUUAACAUCAGGGAUGAUACUUAUCAGGGAAACAAGACCUACACAAACGACUGCUGGAAUGCAUUUGCUGCUUCUCUUUUGAGCAACAUCUUUUUUAACAAUGACAAAGGGGGAAGUUCUAGUGGAAUUGAGAGCUCUAAUGAAAGAGGAACCAUGAGCUUUUUGGGCCUCUCUAAGGACAAAAUGGUUUCCCCACCUGAGAAUGUGUCUUCUCUUCUUGGACCUGUUCAUGAACAUGCUAAACAACUACAGUUAGGGGUUAACAAAACCAGCAACACAAGACUGUGGAAUACCUCUACUGGUGUACCAAACAUGUCAGGCACAGGAAGCUCCAGCAAUGUGCUAGCCCGUGUUUAUCCAACACGUGUGAUCUCAGGGCCUCAGCCAAAGCCAUAUAAUUCCACAUUAUCCGGAAACAGGAACAGACGCUCGAGGUUAUCAGUUAUGAUGCCACAGCCAAUAUCCAGAAAUAUCACGCCUAACAUUAACCUCCCAGAGUUAUCUCAUUUUGGUCCAUCAAGGGCAGAAAAUUGCAUGUCUGGUAUGCCAAGCAAUAACCUCACAGGGAUAUCUCCUGUGCCACAGCCAGAAGAUUUUAGUAAGCACUCAAAUCUGUCUCUUGUGCCACAAUCAAGGGCAGAAAACUUCAUGUCUUGCAUGCCAAGCAAUAAACUCACAUUGCUAUCUCCAGCACAUCAGCUGAAGCCAGAAGAUUUUGUUAACCUCUCAGAUCUGUCUCAUCCAAGGCCAAUAGACUCGAUGUAUGACAUGCCUAGUAAUAACCUUACAGAGCUUUCUAAUGUGCAUCAGCAUCAGCAAUGGCAAGCAGAUUCUAUGUCUAACCCGAAUCCCUUUGGAUCCUCUACUAUAUAUCAACCAAUGCAAGGAGAGUCAAUUCCAGGCACCUCAUAUCAGCCAUCGAACUUUCAAACCGGAUUGAAUUUGUCAACCUUCAACAAUAGCACAAUGCAGGCAACUCAAGAACAGACACCGUACACUCCACCAGCAACUUAUAUAGGCGAGUCGGAAGGAGCUCCUUCACAGCUAGGUUGGGACAAUGAUCAGAUGCCCAACUUAGCUCUUCAGCUCUAAGUUGAGUGGAAGUGUACAACCAUAUGACUUUGUUAGACAGAUUCUAUCUUCUGCACCUUUGAAUAUGUUAAUUUGUGUGGAUCAUGGACAAAUUUAAGAUGUUUGAUUUGAAAAUUGUUGAUGUUAUUGUUGAUGUUUGUUCGACCAACACCUAGUAAAGUUUGCUGCUUUGGACUUGUUCUAUUGUGUCCAU